AAAUAUUGAAGAUGGAACUUUGGCAUUUUUGUGCGAAACAAUAAUGUCGUCGAACAACAUAGCUCUGAAUAUUUGUACAGAAUCUGUCUCAACAUCCGAUUCAUUACCGAUUACCACUCUUCAGACAAAUAUGGAAAGUGUGUCACAGAAUCACGUAAAUCUCUCUGAAGAAAGUGCACUGAAGGGAAAUCUUAUAGAAGAAAAUGAAAGUUCUAUAAAUAAUAAUAAUAAAGCACAGAAACUGAAAGAUUUAACUACAAAAAAGCAAGAGACGCAAGAUUCAGUAACAUCACAAGUAUUACCGGCCUUAGAGAAUGAUGCAGAAGAACAGCAACAACUUACUUUUAGCAUUCCUUUUAACAAUACAUCCUCGUUAGAAAUGACAAAUCAGCCACUCUUAUCUCAUCAGGUGAUAGUCGAGGGAUUAAAGGGAACGCAAGUGCUUUCGAAUCUGGGAAGCGUAAUCGUGAUACAUUCGCCAUUAAAAGUGAUCUCAAGUAAUGGGAAUGGCAUUGGUUCUGGAGAUUCCAUCAAGCAGCAGAUCAUAACGCUGCAAACCCAUCCAAUCACAGAUUCUCAUUUGUCACAAUAGUAAAUGUGUUUUUUAUAUCCAGAUUAGGAAACCUCUGGUUUUUACUUUCCCGGCUGUUAUGUAUACAUAAUGAGGGAAAGUAUUGAAAUUGUGUCAAAUUUGACCCUUGGAGCUUUUUGCAAAUCUCCACAUUUUGACCCCUCCCAAGUCCAAGUAAAAAGAAAAGGCCAAAAAAAAAUUUGGUGUGUUGGCAUCUGUUGGCUUAAUAUCUCAGGAUGGGGUAAAUACUAAGAAACAAAAUUUGGCAUGGUGGAUUGUAUAUCAGGGGAAUUGAAGUUAUUAAAUUUUGGUGGUGAAAGGUCAAGGGGGUGGGAAAAUAGAGGGGUCAUUUAUCUCAAGAGGGUAGAACAAUGUUAACACAGUACAGCAUCGAUUAUCCGACUCCUGAUUAACUAUCACAUCAGUUAACCGACCGUUCUAGUCGGCAAAUUUCAAAUGUCCUCUAGUGAUGUGGCACUACAAUAUUUGGCUAUGUCUUGGCUACUUUAA